AUGACACCACGACUUGCGGCGCGGGCAAUCAACUCCUCCUCCCGUUACUCUUGCGUGUGGAAGUGCGCGCGACAUGAUAUAAGGGCUCUCUCAACCUUAUACCAAUCUGCGGACACAAAUGGCUUGUUGAGAAACUCUAAACUUCCUGGUCGCGAACAGAGGGUAGGCGGUAGAAACAGUCGUGGUAUACAUGCGUCUGCACCCGUCUCAGCGAGUAGCAAAGAUCCAUACCAGGUGUUAGGCGUGAAGAAGGACGCAUCAGCUGCUGAAAUCAAGAAAACCUACUUUGGACUUGCUCGCAAGUAUCAUCCCGACACCAAUCCUGAUAAGAAUGCUCAGGCCAAGUUUCUCGAGAUUCAAGAGGCUUAUGAUACCUUGAAAGAUGACAAGAAGCGAGCGGCGUACGACCAGUAUGGCUCUGCGUCUCAACAACCUGGGUUCGACCCAAACGCUUUCGCAGGAGGCAAUCCUUUCGGAGCUGCCGGUGGCUUUGGUGGCUUCCAAGACUUUGCACGCGCCUUCGGAGGCUCAGCGCAGGGCGACAUGUUUUCUCAGCUCUUUGGCGGGGCCUUCGGUGGCCGCCCUAGGGGUGGUUUCGCUCAAAACUCUAGGGGGGAUGACAUUGACAUCGGGGUCACCGUCGGUUUUAUGGAUGCCUGCAAGGGCACAUCUCGUACAUUGAAUAUCAACCGAGUAUGCAAAUGCUCAGCAUGCUCUGGGUCCGGUUUAAGAAAGGGAGCUUCUCGUACAACUUGUACCUCCUGUGGAGGAUCUGGCGCCCGAACCUAUGUGAUUGAUAGUGGGUUCCAGAUGGCGAGCACAUGUCGCAGUUGUCUCGGGUCGGGCUCGACGAUCCCCCGUGGCGGUGCAUGCGUUGACUGUGGUGGCGAAGGUCAUGUCCGCCAGAAGGCCUCAGUGAAAGUUGACAUACCACCAGGUGUCGAGGAUGGAAUGACAAUACGAGUGCCGAGGAGCGGAGACGCACCACUUUCUAGCAGUGGCGUUCCAGGAGAUCUGCUAGUACGAGUGAACGUUACACCAUCCAAGGUAUUCCGUAGACAAGGCGCCAAUUUACACCAUGAGGCCCGUAUACCGUUGCAUACUGCCCUCCUAGGAGGGCGUGUGCGGGUACCCACGUUGGACGGAAACGUUGACGUACGGGUGCCUAGCGGAACCCAGCACGGUGAAGAAAUGGUUCUCAGAAAUCACGGCGUUCCGUCAGUAUUUGGUGGUGAUAAAGGGGAUUUGUUUGUGAACUUCUCUGUUCAGUUACCCAGAUCUCUGACGCCACGCCAACGGGAAAUCUUGCAGCAAUAUGCAGACGAAGUCGAAGGUCGAGCUACACCGAGCGCGCCGACUUCGUCAUCGACCUCGGAGCAAAAACCUCAGUCAUUCAGUGAACCGAACGAGGCGUCAAAGCCACAAAAGGAACCCAAAGGAACUCAGAAUUCAGACAACGGUACGAAUUCCUUCACUCAUGCGCCUCCCCCUAGCGGCGGAUGGUUGUCUCGCACUUUGAGCAAGAUACGAGGACUCACAGGGCUUUAA